GCGUUCAAUGCGGCAUGCAGGGUGCAUACAGGAAGGCCAACGCGCGGGCAGGGAUCAAAUAUGAGUAUUGCAGCAGGCCAGUCUGCAUCCAGCUCGUCCAUGAGCGUUGUCGACGUGGGUCCUGCCAUCCCAAAACCUUCUGCUGCUGCAAAGCUAAACGAGUAUGAGAUUCGUACGACGUUGCUUGACAAGACCUGCCUGGUUCACAUCACUGAUGGGCGCGCCUUCAAGGGAAACUUUGUCUGCGUCGAUUCGGCCCGAAAUGUUCUUCUCAACAAUGCGACCGAGUACAAGCUGCGGUCACCACCGGGACAGGCGCAUGGCACAAAUGCAACGAAAGGCACUAGGCCGCCAAGGUCACUCGAGAGACAAAUCGAAGAGUUCGACCGGCGCUUCGUCGGACUCGUCAUGGUUCCAGGUGGACACAUUCUCAAGUUGGAAGUGCAGGCAGGCAUGCCACCCGUGGUAGCUCGCAGCAGCGGUAACAACUCGCUGCGUCCGCUUCCUUCUGAUGGGUCCAUUUACAUAUAGAUGCAAUGGGGUCGGUAUAGGCUCAGUAUGGCAUCUUUCGGCAUGUGUUGGGCCAAUUCCAAAUGCUUGAUACAGUAUGUGAAAACACCCCUGCACUGAGCCUCAAGCGUCCUCAGGCUCACUCUCAUUUUCUCCCUCGGCUUCUAAGCUUGCAACGUCGUCGUCCGUGUCAUCGUCAUCAUGGCCGCUCGCGUCCUCGUCGCCGCUUUCGUCCGUGUCGUCUUCAAGCAUACCCGCUGCCUUCGCCUCGUCGAUCUGUUUUUGAAGCUCGCGGAGCUCUUCUUCUUCUGCGUCCGUAUCGGGUUCCUCGUCGUCCUCGGAAGCGCCCUCUAGAACGAACUCGUCGGUGUCUACCAAGUCAACUUCUUCGGCGGAAU